CUCCGUGCGCGCGUGAAAAGUGGGCGUGUGUGUGGCGCGAGGCAGCGCUGGUCUGGUGAGGAAAUGCGUUCACUACACUUCACCUGCUUUAGUUUCUCCACAUUCGGUACGUGAAACAAGCCUAAUGGCCCUACAGUACACAGAGCUAGAAUUGGCCCUGAAUGUCCUGGUCACAAACUUUCACUCAGCUUCAGCCACUCAUGCUGACACUCUCACAGUCCAGGAAUUCCAGAACAUGCUCUCUAAAGAGCUGCCCAACAUGGUGAAGACAUCAGGGGACCAGGAAGGGCUAAACAAACUCAUGAAGAACAUGGGCAUGGAAGAGGGGGAGGGAGUCACGUUCAAGAAUUUUUGGCAGCUGGUGGAUUCCCUGGCCAAUACUCAAUGUGGGCUGCAGAGCAAAGAGAAGCAGGUGAAAUGUGUAAAAUGUAUUCUGCUCUGAGACAGGCCCAGGCGAGUGCUUGUCAUGCCCCUGAGCAAACAAAACCAAUCUACAUUGCAUACGUGUUCAUCACGUCCAAUCAGUCACUCCUUUUUCCCUUCCCUCUGCAAUAUUGUACUGUAUAUAUCAAUCUGCUUGUCUUGGGUAUAUUCACUGAGGUCUUACAGUAAUUAACUGUUGUUAUGGAGCUCUUUAAGCAAAUACUCAACAAGAUCUUACGACAUGCUAGACUCUAAGUAAUCUCUACCAUCAUUGUAACCUGAGCUACACCUACCUGGCUUGAUAUUGUACAAUUGAUUUACCUAUCUGUUUUGGUGCUGCAGGUUUUUGUAUUAUUGUGUCACUCUAGACCUAGCCAAUAUUUUGUACUUUCUUUUAUACAUAAGUAAAAAAUAGGAGAACACUUGUUUGAAUAUGUGUUUGAUGGGACAACUGUGAUGAUUCUUGUAUAAAUAUGGGCCACAUACAGUACUGUGCAAAAGUUUUGUGCACAUAAGAUGUUUUACAAAAGUAUUUGUCUUAAGAUGGUUAUUUAUGUCUUCAGCUUUAGUGUGUUAAUAGGAAAUUUAUAUUUUAGACUCCCAAAUAUUCCUUUUGCAAUUUGAAUAGAAUAGAAGAACAGGGAGCCUGCAAUUGAUGGCAUGGCCCCAACUAAACACUGAGCCUGUCUGGGAUUACAUGAAGAGACAGAAGCAACUGAGAAAACCUAAACAGAUAGAAGAACUGUGGUGAAUUUUCCAAGAAUUUUGGAACAACCAAUUGGCCAAUAACCAAGAAAAACUGUGUCCUGGUGUACCUAAGAUAAUUGGUGGUGCUUUGAAGGCAAAUGUGUUCACCAAAAACAAUUUAAUUUUUUUAAACUGGAAUUUUUAUGAUGUUAAUUGAUCACUUCUAACUAUUUAUGAAAUUAUUUUUUAAGACAUACUCACUAUGCAAACAUUUUCACUGAGCCUAAAUAUUUUGCAUAGUACUGUAUUUAUUGGUGUUUGCUUAUUUUCAUGAAUCAGAAAUGAGAUGAUGUGAUUAAAAUAUUGUAGGCAGAGAAAGAGUUACGACGCCACAUAUUCUGUACUGUAUUUGGCUUUAUUGUAACACAAUGUGAUUAUUUUUGUUGACACUAAUAAAUAUGUUGCAAAGGUUUUUAUCAGUCUCAUUGAUC